AUGGCCACUGCCAGCAUUCUCCCUGCCAUUGCCGGGCUGCAGCGCCCUCCAACUAUCCAAGACCUUGAACUGUCACGGGCUGUACAUAAUAGCCUUGUCCAUCCUGAGGAGCAGCCAAAUAUCUCUGACGCCACACUCAAAGCCUUGGGCGAACUGUUCGUGCGCAACAGCGUCCAGGACAUCUUCGGUGUUCACCUACUUCACAGCCACUUCAUUGCACCCGAGGGAACUGUACUGCUUGGGAUCGAGGCCCAGUUGUCGGAGAGGUCAUCCGCCUGCUGGACCAAGCCAGUUUCCGUGGCGGAGCUAGCCAACAAGGCAGUCCACGGUCACGUCUUUCGACUGCAGUCCGACGGGAUGUUCGUCCCUUACGAGCUCCACGAAGGCAAGGUAGAUGCUAAAGCAGCUAGCACCGAACCUAAAUUCUUUCAGGAAUUUGCCAACUUUCUACACCAUAACAACCUAGCUGACUUGAUUGCUUUACAACUGCUUGACAGCUCCCGGAAUAGCACCAGUAUGGAGCUUCUGGUCGGGCCCCAAGGCACUUUGAUGGUGGAUGAGAAGGACCUCAUCGGGUUUGAUCCGCCCCGCAUCACCACUGGUUGGUCCUUUAAAGUAGGAGACGACGGGGUCAUUUCUUGCAAGGGUAAUGAUGUCUACGCGGCCAAGAAGAACACCCACGGAGUCUUCCAAGAUUCAAAGCCGCUUCACACUGUUGAGGCUUUGAUGGAAGCUCUCCGCGGGGAAGGGGUGAUUGCGUAA